CAAGCCUAAAAAACUCUGAAGAAGAAAUUCGAAGGUCGAACUGCUCUACGCGCGCGGCAACGGAAUGGCGCUAUGGAUGGAAAAGGGCUCCGAACCCCUCACCGAUGCCGAGAAAGCCGACCUCGACGCCAUCGCCGCUCUCAAAGAGUCCGCCGCCUUUGAACUCAAGGAAAAGGGCAAUCAGUACGUGAAGAUGGGCAAAAAGCAUUACUCAGAUGCCAUAGACUGCUACACGAGAGCCAUCGAUCAGAAAGUUCUGAGUGAUUCCGAGACUUCUCUCCUCUUUUCCAAUAGAGCUCAUGUCAAUCUUCUUCUCGGCAAUUACAGGCGUGCUCUUACCGACUCCGAGGAGGCCCUUAACCUCUCUCCCACUAAUAUCAAGGCGUUUUAUAGAGCUGCGAAAGCGUCGUUGUCGUUGAAUUUGCUGUCGGAGGCGAAAUCCCAUUGCGAAAACGGAAUUAAGCAGGACCCAGAUAACCAAGAACUGAAGAAACUCUUAAGCCAGAUUGAUUCUCUCAAGUUGGAACAAGAACAACGUCAGGCUCAAGUUUCCAUGGCCAUUUCCGAGGCUAAGAAUCUUCUUUCUGCGAUGGAAUCAAGAGGAUAUAAGAUUGGGAAGGCGAUGUUUAGAGAACUUGUUGGGUUGAGAAAGCCAGUGUUGGAUAAGAGUAACAUUCUUCACUGGCCGGUUCUUCUCCUUUAUGCCGAGGUUAUGUCCAGCGACUUCAUUGAGGAUUUCUGCGAGACAGACAUGUUUUCGGCUCAUCUCGAUAUGAUGUUUUCAGAAAGUUCUCCACCCUUGCCCUGGGAUACAGAAAACAACUACAAUUGCAAAGAUGUUGAAAUAUACUACGAGCCUGCUUCAGGAGCUUGUCUACCAAAGAAAAAAAUUCUUCACUAUUUCCUUGAAGGUACCGCAGCCUCUAAUGUGGAAGACAUUGGCAAUGAGGAAAAGGACGCAGUUCGGAAUUCCAAUCACUUACGCCCUUCAGGCUCUGCCAAAUGGGUCAAAGUAAACGAAAAAAGAACGCUUCAUGAUGUGCUAAAAGAACCUAACUUCAUUAUUCAAGGAAUCCCAGUCUUUUAUGUUGUUUCUAAAAAGUCCGACUUCUAUAAAAAGUUCAAAGCUGGUCUAUGGGCUCCUCCGUCAUGAGUAGGCUGCAAAUAUUCCGACACUGCCUUUUGCUUGCUUUGGUUCACUCUUGAAGACGAGGAAAUGGUCGUCAUAUGUUGAUACAAGUAUGAUUUAAAAGGGUCCUAAGUGUCUAUUGAAUCAUUGCUCUUGUAGGAUGUGUUGAUCUUGACUUAAAAAUGCUUGAAUCAAAAUGAUCAAGAUCCCGAGUGAGAAAUAUUUAUUUUGUUCGAGUUGUAGUGUUGUUUAGACUAUUAUUCACAAAGUUUU